UGGAGAGACAGUACCAGGACCUGACGCAACAGCAUCAGGAGUUGGCACAGCUCCGCCGCAUGGUGCAGAGCCACGAGGAUGCAACUCGGGCACUCAAUGCCCGAUUGCUGGACCUGCAACAGGCUGUACCAGGACCAGCUGCUGGGGCUUCCAGCAGUGCACCCUCUAGCCGCCAACUGGCGGACCGCGUUGACCACGUACUGGCAAUGCUCGGCGACAUCAGCACUUUCGCUGCGCCGACCACCACCAUCAGCAGUCAGCUGCAUACAUUGAAGACCGAGGUCCAGCAGCUGCAGACGACGAACGCGGAUGGCAACCCGAAGAUGUAUAAGAUGCCAACUUUCAAUCUGGAGAGGUUCGACGACUACGCGCAGCAGGAUCCGGUCCUCUGGUGGGAAGCAUUCACAACGCAACUCAGGAUUCUGCCCGUAGCCAAGCAUGCGUACAUCGGUGCCCUGUUUUUGAACUCAAAGGGCGGAUGCCAGACCUGGUUGAGCCACCUGGCAACCUCCCACGGCGUCAACGUACCAGACUUGAAGGACCAAAUCACAUGGGAAGAACUGACACGGCUGUGGAAGAAGCGGUUCAUCGUCGAUGACGCGCCGGCACUCGCCAUCAACCAUUUGUUCACCAUGUCACAGGGCAACACUGCAACACGGGAUUGGCUCAUAGAGUGGCAGAAGAUUGCGGCAGUGCCCAAUCUGGAGCUGCCUUUCACUCAUCUCAGACCGGCUAUGACGACGGAGUUCCGACACAUGCUGGAUCGUUUCGUACUUAUAUACCUCGACGACAUUCUGGUUUACAGCCGGAGUCUGGACGAGCAUGUGGAACACCUGCGCACCGUUUUGGAGAGGCUACGACAGGCCAAGUACAAAGCAAAUCGCGAAAAGUGCGAGUUCGCACAGCAGGAGUUGGAGUACUUGGGACAAUAUGUGACGCCGCAAGGCAUCCGUCCGCUUGCGAACAAGAUCGAGGCCCUACGAGUAUGGCCCGAGCCCACCAACACCACGGACGUUCGUUCAUUCAUGGGAUUGGCGGGCUACUAUCAGCGAUUCAUCACCGGAUACUCCAGGAUUGUUGCACCUAUGACGAGGUUACAGUCGCCAAAGGUGCCAUUCGUAUUCGAUGACGACGCACGCCAGUCAUUCCAAGCACUUAAGACGGCUAUGCUCAUGGCACCCGUCCUUAGCAUCUAUGACCCCACCCUGCCGACGCGAGUGACUAUGGACGCUUCUGGCUAUGGCAUUGGGGCAAUCUUGGAACAACACGACGGCGAUGACUGGCACCCUGUGGAGUAUUUCAACCACAAAGUGCCUCCCAUCAACUCGCUUGAUGAUGCAAGGAAGAAGGAGCUGCUCGCAUUCGUGAUGGCUCUCAAGCGCUGGCGGCACUCCCUCCUUGGGCGUCGUAGGUUCACAUGGGUCACAGACAACAAUCCAUUGACCUACUACAAGACGCAGGACACGAUGAGCAGCACGAUCGGACGAUGGAUGUACUUCAUCGACCAAUUUGACUUCACACCGAAACAUGUCCCCGGCCUCUCCAAUCGCGCAGCAGAUGCAAAUCUCGCGAAGACCUGAUCUUUGCGCGAUGACACAUCAUGCCUUCGCAUUCGACGAG